AUGGGUUCCCGCAUACAAGACCUCAUCUCCCGACAGGGUAUUCCACGAGCUGGCGACCCGUCCAAAUCUCUGUGGAAGCCUGUCUUCGCUACCGGAGGCUUCAUAGUAGACGGGAAGUAUAAGUUCUAUGGAUCCAAAGCCCCGGACCCUGGCGGCGAUGAUGCUCAGGUUCUGGACGAAGGAUCCAACGUUGAUAAUUUUGUCAAUCAGUUGUCUGGUAAUUGCAUCAUACUCAAGACAGUUCCAUCUGGCUCGGACGCUAUAGAUAUCCAGCUUGACGCUAGCGAUGGGUUGGCAACCUGGAUGGGUCACCUUGAUAGCCAAGGUCUUUUCAACCUGACCCUGAAGCCAAAUCCUGAACCCGCCAAGGGGCCAUGGGUCAUCGAUGCCUUCAGCUUCCAGUAUAAAUCACCAUGGGACAUCACUUUCAGCUCCAAAGAGAAAGCUUUGAAGUUCUCCUUCCCACCUCCCGCUGAAACCUUCGAAUCAGCACCUGGUCUGGACCCAAAUGCUCCACGAAUCCCAGCACCCGGUCUGGAACCAGACGGCAAAACACUCUACUUAGGACUCGAUCCCGAUAGAACCAAAGAAGACUUGCAUUCCACCGUCAAGGAGCUCUUUGACUUCUCGGAAUCUUCCAGGACGCCUCCUGCUCUCAUUGCAGACUGGAAGACUACCCUUGUAGUACAAGGUGUGUCUGCAGCUGGGAAACGGAAUGGUCUUUGGAUCCGCCCUUCAAGGUCUUUGCAGACAUCUAUUCGUCUUCAGUUCAGUCUCGAUUCCACCGACGUUGAAACUUUCAACAAAGCAAUUACAUCGACUCUGAAAGGAUUCACGUUCGACAGCCUUGAUGUUAUCUGCAAGAAAGCAGUUGUUUUAGCUGACACCGAUGAUGGCAAUCAACCCGUGGCUCAGGGCAGCGUCAUAUUUCAAGCCAAAUGCACCAUCAAGCCAGAAGGAAAAUCCGACGUACCAGUAAUCGCUGCUAUCAAUUUCUACCAUGGAAGCUACAACAUCACCGUCCAGCUCAACACCAAAGACGCCUUUGGGGGCAUCUUAAAGUGGCUGAUGGGUUUGGUUCCAGAUCUGGACUUGAACUUCAUCAGUGAGUUUCUUGGUGAUAAGGACAUGUUUGAGCAAAGCGGGAUAUACCCUCGACAAAUCAAGAUUGGGCUUAGCUGUGAUGACAAGGGACGCAAUACCAAGUUGAAGAGCUUCUCAUUUGAGAUUGAGGUUGCGGCAAAGUUCGGUACUGAAAAGACAGGCGCGGGAAAGCCUGCUACGCCUACUUUUCUCGUAUCCUAUGCUUGGAUGGCUGAUGGGCCGAAAUGGGGAAGUAUCAAGGGAGAACUCUGGAACUGGUACGAUGAUUCGGUCAUUCGUGACAUGCAGCCAGAGUAUGAGACCACCACGGAUCUCUACCCGUUAACAGACACCCCCGCAAAGACACUCAAUCUCAUCAAGAUGAUUCCAGGCGCCGACAUUGAAAAUGUUCCCAGCACUGUUCCAACUCAGAUCAGCAGAGCCUACGUCACGCUUAGUCGCAGUGGCGUGCGACUAGGUGGUACGAUCGAAUCACACGCGUUUGAGUCCGAUAAUUCACCAUCAGUUCCACAGCUUGACCUUGGACUCCUCAGUAUUGACGCUGGCUUCACCUGGGAGGGCAAAAAGGAUUUCACUCUUACAAUCGCUUUCCUAGCGCGACUUCAACCAGCGCCGACGUCUGUACAUAAGGAGACUGCACUUUUGAAAGGUGGGAUCGAUUACAGCAGUGGAACAGGAAAAUGGGAGCUCAAAGCCUCACUUAACUCACUUUAUGCCUCGUCUUUAUAUGAGCUAUUCUGCAAGCCCACGGGCGCGUCCAAAGACACGUCGACUGCUGAUCAUGUCAUGCCGUUGAUCGAGUCCAUUCAGGUCAAGAGCCUUGAUCUCGCCUAUCACUAUGAGUCCGUCAAGGACGGUGAAGAUAAGGGCAAGUCUGUUGGGUCCGCUUUUGAACUCGAGGGUAUUCUCUUGGCAGCUGGCCUUGAACUUGAUCUCAAGUUUCACCAUUUCCCAUCAGGAUCCUUCACAUUCAUAGCGGACUUGAAGUCAGCCGAAGAGAAUGCGAGUGUUUCGGACGUUAUUAAGGGAAUUCUAGGCGACGAUAGUCUGGAAUUGCCCGGCUUUCUCGACAACAUGGCGUUUGGCAACGAGAAGGAUAGCGCUAUCCAUAUCGAGGUCUUGGAGAAGGUGCUCAAAGACGAACCAAAAGAGACCCCCGAUGAAAAAGCCUUCGAGGUGCAAGCUGCGGGCGCCAAAAAGAAAGGCUCUUUCCAGUUCAUCGCAACGUUGACACUGGGCAACAUAAAGUUCUCCUUUGUUCAACUCCACCAGUUGGAUUGGGAAUCAAAGGUUCCCUCGAAACGCUUCUUCAAAGCCUCUCUUACAUCUGUUCCCACCAUUGAAAUCCCUUUGGUGGGAAAUCUCACGCAGCCUUUUGAAGAGAUGUACUUUAUGUGGAUCCAAGAUAAUACGAACAAGAAUCCUAAGCGAGAGCCUGGUCUUACUCGCCUGGACAUCAAGAGUCUCGAAGAUUCUAUGUCGUUGACAACUAAGGACAAGUUCAAGGAGAAGGAUGACAGUGAUCUCUUGAUGAGCGCUGGGUCUCACUUUGGUGUCAUUAUCAAAGAUUCGGAAGGCAAGUCUGUUUGCAUACUGGAUUAUGACUUUAAGAAGAAGGCGGAUGCUCCUGAGAAGCAGUCGACCUUUGCACUCAUGGCAGUGGAAGAGGAGGAGAGUGAAGAAGAGAAGCCACCAAAGGCAGAUUCUGACGGAGGUAGUGCAUCGGCGCCGUUCAAGAAGAAGGCCGGGCCACUGUCCAUCAACAAUAUGUCGCUCAAAUACACAGAUCAAAUCCUCCGUAUUGGCUUCGACGCAACAUUUGAGCUUGGCCCAAUUGGCUUUUCUCUCCUAGGCUUCACUAUCAAUCUCAAACUCACGUCCCUCGACCUGUCCAAGAUAGAGAUCCCCAAGUUCAGCCUAGAAGGCUUCGCAGUAGCUUUCGAGAAACCCCCUCUCACGAUUGCUGGUAUCGUUCGACAUGGAAACAUACCAGGGCUGAACUACUAUGCUGGCGGUCUCAUCGUCGGGUGGGUUCCGUACCAACUCCAAGCAGCUGGUUUCUACGGUGAAGCCAAACCUCAAAAUCGGGAUUCUUUCGUGUCGGUGUUUGUGUUUGCUAGACUGGAUGGACCACUUGUAACGCUGGAGUUUGCCGAAAUCUCUGGUGUCACCGGUGGUUUCGGGUAUAACUCAGAGAUCCGUGUACCCAAGGUUGCGGAGAUAACUGAGUUUCCCUUCAUUGAUCAGUCCCAACUCAGCGGAACUGCAGGUGACGCACUCAAGACUCUCGAGAAGCUUACGGAUCCCCGGUCUGAAGCUGGAGGGUGGUUCACGCCGAGAGAUGAUACGUACUGGGCAGCUGCAGGCAUGAAGAUCGAUGCCUUCCAGAUGAUCUCCCUCGACGCUGUUGUGGUCGUCAUGUUUGGCCAAUCGGUCAAACUUGGUAUAUACGCCGUUGCUCUAGUUGAUAUUCCCAACGCUAAAUCCCCUGUCAAAUUUGCUCACGUUGAGCUUGGCCUUGGUGUUACGGUUGACUUUGGCUACGGAACCAUGAAAGUGGAAGGCCAACUGUCGCCCAAGUCGUUCAUUCUGGAUCCCAAUUGCCAUCUCACUGGAGGUUUUGCCUUAUACUAUUGGUUUGACGCUACGCACGCAGACAAGUCUCUCGUCGGAAACUUCGUCUUUACUUUGGGUGGUUAUCAUCAAGCCUUCAGAAUCCCAGACGGUUGGCCAAAUCCACCGCGUUUAGGCAUCAGUUGGUCUCUCGGAAGCCAUCUUAGCCUCUCUGGUGAAGCUUACUUCGCGAUAACGCCCAAAGUCUGCAUGGGUGGUGGAAGACUGCACGCAGCUUUUAGCGCUGGCCCUAUUGAAGCUUGGUUCGACGCCUUUGCCAAUUUUCUCAUCAACUAUAAGCCCUUCUAUUUCACAUCUAAUGCAGGCAUCUGCGUUGGUGUUCGCUUCAACAUUGACGUCUUGUUCAUUCACACUCAUAUCUCGGUUGAGAUUGGGGCGGACUUGUCUAUGUGGGGACCGCCGCUUGCUGGGCGUGUGCAUGUCGACAUCAAGGUGGCCAAGUUUGAUAUCAACUUUGGCGGGAAUAAGGGCGAUAAUAAGGCGGCUGAUAUCAAGGAAUUCUACCACCUGGUUCUCCAGGCUAGUAGCCAACCAGCAGAGAGCCGGACAGCAGAAGAGAAACCCGCACUGGUUGCCGAAGACGAAGGGGAUAUUUUGCCGGGAGAUCCCAAUCAAGGACAUACGUUCCUCGCCACUUCAGGACUUCUGAACAAUAGUUCUUCUCCUGAUCGAAAACAGAAUGCUGAUUGGACCGUUCGAGGAGGAUCUUUCUCGUUCGUCGUUGGAUGUAAGAUAGCAGUGCAAGAUGUCAAGCAAGUUGACGAGAACAACAAUGUAGUCAAUUCAGUCUCGUCGAAAGGUCCUCCCAUCUACGCCCGGCCAAUGCACCUCAGAGAAGCUAUGACCAAGUCAGAGAUGAAGAUCGAGAUCGUUCAAGAUGGUGUCGCCCGUGCGAAAUGGGACAUGACACAAGAGUACAAACAGGUGCCAACGGGUCUUUGGGCCAAGUAUGAUGAGAGUCAAGAUCCAACCAAGAGCAGUCAGGGUAAUAACAUCGAUGAUCUGCUCGACAAUAAUUCCGGUAGCUUAAAGCUUAUGAUGGGAGUCCUCAUGCAAGGCCCACCAGCUAUCAUGUCUGAGGAUACUCUCAAGGCCUUCAACAUCCUUGCGCAAGGUGAGAGAGUCCUCAAAGCAAAGAAGCCGUUUCCAGAGACGGAAUUACCCGAGGAUGCCUGGGACCCCAGUAAGCCCAAGGAUGGUGCCGAACAGUGGAAGGAUGUGCACAACAACUGGUCGUCACCAGAGUGGAGCGGCAACACUGAUGGAGGCAGUGAAGUCCAGCAGACUUUUGUCGAUUCUUGGUUUGAGAUCUUUGGGUGGGGAAAGGCAUUGUCAGGAUUGGGCAAGCUGCCUAAGCUUUUGGGAGAGAGGUUCGAUGAUUUGUACGUCGAGGCCCCACUGAUCACCGUCUAA